UGGGAUGCUUCUCUUUCUUUACACACUCACAUUUUUCAAUUACCUUCAUAUAAAGGCAGAAAAUCCUUUUUGCCGAAUGAUGGGAGACCCUAAGUACCCAAUGCUUUCCAAGGAUGGUGAAGUAACUAUUGGAGCAAUUUUUGCAAUGCACAGUAAAGAAACAUUACCUUCAUCUGAGUUUACUCAAAAACCUCAGCUUCUAUCAUGCUCCAGUGUGAAUCUUCCAGAUUUUCGGCUGGCUCAAAUAAUGAUCUUUGCCAUUGAGGAGAUUAACAGAAGUGAAAUGUUGCUCCCAAAUGUAUCUAUUGGUUAUCAAAUCUAUGAUACCUGCAGUUCAAGAAUGUCUUCUAUGAGUGCAACUAUGGGAUUGAUGAAUGGUCCAGAAUUUGCAGGAGGGGACAGAUGCAAUGGACAGCUUCCUAUACAAGCUAUCAUCGGAGAAACUGAGUCUUCUGCUACAGUGAUUCUGUCCAGAACUACAGGACCAUUUAAAAUUCCAGUAAUAAGUCACACAGCCUCAUGUGAAUGUCUGAGUAAUAGGAAAGAUCACCCCUCAUUCUUCAGGACUAUUUCUAGUGAUUACCACCAGAGCACAGCACUUGUAUACAUAGUCAAACACUUUGGCUGGUCUUGGGUGGGAGCUGUGAAUAGUGACAAUGACUAUGGGAACUAUGGAAUGGCCAUAUUUCUGAAUAAAGCACAGAAGGAGGGGAUUUGUGUGGAGUAUUCUGAGAAAUUCUACCGAACAGAGCCAGAAAAACUCAAAAAAGUAAUAGAUGUGAUUAAAAAAAGCACAGCAAAAGUGAUUGUUGCAUUUGUCUCAUUUAUUGAGAUGGGCUUACUUAUUGAUCAGCUAAGUAUUCAGAAUAUUACAGGCUUCCAAAUAAUCGGAGUGGAAGGAUGGAUAACUUCAAGGAGUUUAUUCAGCCAAAAUAGUUUUCAUGUGAUGGGAGGGUCACUGGGUUUUGCCUUGAGAAAAAUCAACUUUGAAGGGUUUUCAGAUUAUGUUAUAAAAACAUUCUGGGACACAGCAUUCCCAUGCUCACUGAGUGUAGGGAAUUCCUCUCAAUAUGCAGUAAAUUGCAGCAGAUAUCAGGAUCUACUUGCACUGAAAAACUACAAUGAAGAUGUGCCUGAACAAAGAUAUUCAAGCCAUGUCUACAAAGCAGUUUAUGCUGUGGCUCAUUCACUACACAGUCUACUCAAGUGCAAAGAACAAGAAGGUUGUGAGAAAGACCUGCCAAUACAACCACAGCAGGUGGUUGAGGCUUUGAAAAAAGUAAAUUUUACUGUAAAGUUUGGAGAUCAUGUGUGGUUUGACAACACGGGUGCCGCAGUAGCCCAUUAUGAAGUUGUAAACUGGCAGCAGGACUUAGAUGGAUCAUUCCAAUUUAAAUCAGUGGGAUACUAUGAUGCCUCACUGCCCCCUGACCUGCGCUUUAUGGUUAACACUAAAAACAUAAUUUGGGCUGGAGGACAGCUGGAGAAGCCAAGUUCCGUGUGCAGUGAGAGCUGUCCUCCAGGCACUAGGAAGGCUGCGCAGAAAGGAAGACCUGUCUGCUGUUAUGACUGCAUUCCAUGUGCAGACGGAGAAAUCAGUAAUGAGACAGAUUCAAAUAACUGCAAGCUGUGUCCAGGUGAAUACUGGUCUAAUCCUGAGAAAAAGAAAUGUGUAUUAAAGGCUGUAGAGUUUCUGUCAUUCACAGAAGUUAUGGGUAUUGUGUUAGUCAUUUUUUCACUGUUUGGAGUAGGAUUAACUGUGCUGGUGGCCAUCCUGUUUUACAGUAAGAAGGACACCCCCAUAGUAAAAGCCAACAACUCAGAGCUGAGCUUCCUGCUGCUCUUCUCAUUGACUAUGUGUUUCCUCUGUUCUAUUACUUUUAUUGGUCAACCCAAUGAGUGGUCCUGCAUGUUGCGUCACACAGCUUUUGGCAUCACCUUUGUCCUCUGUAUCUCCUGUGUUCUGGGGAAAACAAUAGUGGUGUUAAUGGCCUUCAAGGCUACACUUCCAGGAAGUAAUGUCAUGAAAUGGUUUGGGCCUGCACAACAACGACUCAGUGUUCUUGCCUUUGCACUUAUACAGGUUCUAAUCUGUGUGCUUUGGCUAACAAUAUCACCCCCAUUUCCCAACAAAAAUAUGAAAUAUUAUAAGGAAAAUAUCAUUCUUGAGUGCAGUCUGGGUUCUACUAUAGGUUUCUGGGCUGUUCUGGGUUAUAUUGGCCUAUUGGCUGUUAUGUGCUUUGUUCUGGCUUUUCUGGCUCGCACACUGCCUGAUAACUUCAAUGAAGCCAAAUUCAUCACAUUCAGUAUGCUCAUAUUCUGUGCUGUAUGGAUCACAUUUAUUCCAGCUUAUGUCAGUUCUCCUGGAAAAUUUACUGUAGCUGUGGAGAUAUUUGCCAUUUUAGCCUCAAGCUUUGGUUUACUAUUCUGCAUAUUUGCACCUAAAUGUUAUAUCAUCCUGCUUAAGCCUGAACAAAAUACAAAGCAACAUAUGAUGGGAAAAACAUCUAAGACCUACUAAGGAAUAAAAUAACAUUUUUUUUUUUUUUUAAUUUUUUUUAUUCUAAGCCAUUUUUUUAUUUUCAAAAAGUGAUAUUAAGAUUGCAAACUUUUUUCAUGUACAUUGAUUAAAUAAACUAUCAAACAUUUAAACAUAGUAGUAUGCAUGUGUGUGAGUUAUAUCAAGAAACAGACACCACUAAAAGCUUUGACACCACUUGAAGCUUUGAUAUAUUCAAAAAGAAAAGUCUGACAACAUACAGUAAUUAAUUGCUAGCUUACUGCUACUCUUCAUAAUGAUUUUUUGUUAGGUUUUUUUUUUUUUUCCCUAGUUUAAUCUAGUUUUUUAAACAAAUCAUAUUUUUUUCCAAAGUGUAAGGAAAGGCCGGAGAUGGAGAGUCCCUGUAGUUUGGACAGUCAUGCGUUCAAUUUUCCAAGCAAUGCAUGAAGUGAUUUAAAAAUAAAUAAAUAAAUAAAUAAAUAAUAAUAAUAAUAAUAAAAUGCAAUACAGCCACUUUUGGAAAAUAUAAUGCUAAAUGUAUUAUUUGUUUUGGGGUUUGGGGUAUUUGCUGCUCAUCAGCAUUAAAAUGUGCGAAUGUGGGAAAAGGCCAACUGUAGUCCAAUGUUCUGUUAUGGGUGUAUUUACAAAACCUGCUGUCAAAAUGUGGCAUUUUCUCAAACAGUAAAAUUGAAAAUAAUAAUUGUCAAGAAACAAGAUUCUGAACAUUCAACUAACUACAGACUUCAGUUUACUUUGACUUCUGAGAACACUGUGCUGUUUUGCCAAAUUGUUUGUCACUCUUUUCCAUUUCCUAUAGGCUAUAGUGACACUCCUGUUUGAUAUAUUCCAUCUCCAUUUACAGAUGAAACUCUUUUAAAGUUCUUUACAUUAAAUAUGUGUAGGUCUUUGAUAUCAGAGGCAAACACUGCAUUUUUAUCACAAUGCCAACUAAGAUGUUAUGCACAUGAGCAUGAGCAGUUGUUUGCAAGCCUGGAAUUGACCAAAAUAAAACUAAAAAAAAAAAAAAAUGUUUUAUGGCCAGUGGACUAGUGCAUCUAUGUUUUUUUAUUAUAGUUCAAAUCAUCCCCCGGGCCAGAUUGGACACCUCUGUGGGCC